AUGUUCUCGCGGCGUACCUUUGUGACUUCUGUCGCGGUGCUAUUGGGCAUCCGAGGAGCUGCUGGCCAGUCUGCCUCUGCUUACACCGACCCAACAACGGGAAUGACCUUCCAGGCAUUGCAAGAUUCAUCGACGGGAUUUGUCCUUGGAAUCGCACUGCCAGAAACCAUUGGUACUGAUUUCAUUGGUCAGAUGGUGUUUGCUCUGACCGACGGAGCAGGAUGGGGAGGUGCUAGCUUUAAUGGUGCCAUGACCGAGAGUCUGCUUCUCGUGGCUUGGCCGAAUGGGGAUGAAGUUAUGGCAUCUUUCCGAGAGGCAACUGAGUACUCUACACCACCUGUUUACAACGGCAGUGACGUCACACUCUCUACCGUUGCCGACGGCACAUACAUCAACGAUACCCAUCUCUCCUUGACCUUCCUUUGUGGAGGCUGCAUCGUUGGAGACGACCUCACUUUCUCCAGCAAUGACACCAGCGCUGUCUUGGGCUGGGCAUAUUCAACCUCAAGCCCUUCAGACGUUACCGACGAAAGCACCGAUUUGGUGUACCACAGUGCUGGAUAUGGAGAGUUUGGGCUGGGGAUUGCCGAUGCUCAGACGUCUGAGUAUGAGACUUGGGCCGCCCUUGCUGUCGGGGAUGAUUCUGGAAGCAGUUCGUCUGCGGUUUCUUCCACGCCGGUGCCGGUUUCUUCUGUGACGGCCGCUGCGACUUCAACCAUCGUAGCGUCGUCCUCCACCAGGAGUGCUGCCUCUGACGCGUCGUCUUCUGCGACCAGCGAAGCCACCAUCACGACGACCAAAGUAGCUAGUACAACUUUGGCAUCAGUGGGCACGACAACUACGAGCGCGGACUCGUCAACCAUUACAGAUGCCAAUGUCUGUAUGAAUAGUAUGUUUAUGUUAUCAUUCCCCAUUUUUCCGACGUGCUUAACGAACCGAAAUUAG